AUGAGGAAUGCGAAGAAGUUGUUCUCGGCGUUGCCUUUUGUCACCCAAGGUGCGCUUACAAGGCCCACGACAAUCCAUCCAUGGCUCGACCCUAUCGUCUUUCCAACUCUCCUCAUCGUAAUUCUGUUGUCUCUGGUUCGUAGAUCGGCGAAUCGUCGCGCGAAGAGCUCUGGCUCAGCGCAUGGGUACAUCUUUCAAGCCGAUGUCCACCAUGCACGCUUCUUGCCGAUCCAAUCUCGACAUCAAUUCCGGUACACAACGCUAUACUACGCUGUGGAAUUGACUGCGUUAGAGACCGGCCGCAUAGAUGGAAGGCUCGCCUUCUCAUGGAGAGGGAUGCUUAAUCAAGGCAGAGAUGGCCGUCGACUCAGCAGUAAGAGAACGAUCACUGCAAUCAAGCCGGCGAAUUAUCUUCGACUCAACUUCCCUGAUCUCGUUGCAUCGCGCCCGUCAGCAACGAGAGCAGACCGGAUACGGACAGUUGAGUCCUCCAUACUGCUCAAGUUAGCGUAUGAAUUGCGAGAUCAAGGCUUCUUGCCAAUCGGGCCACAAGAUGAAGAUGCUCCACUAGACUCGUGGCGAGAGCACAUUGGCCAAGUCUGGGCUGUGACCAUGCCCAGCUACUUUGGCUUCAACGGAAUCAACCCACUGACUGUAUACUACAUGUACAGACCAACACCCGGGUCAUCUGCGGAGCGCGGUUCACUCUGGCUCGUUGUGUUAGAAGUGCACAACACAUUUUCCGAACGACACGUCUACAUCCUGCAAACCGGUGCCAAGGAAGAUCCGCAGAAUCAGCUGCGAAUAGGCUAUGAUCAUCAGUGGACUUUUCCUCGUUCAUUCCAUGUCAGUCCAUUCAAUGAUCGUGGUGGUUACUACAGACUUUUUAUACGCGACUUGUUUCGAGGUGGCCCGCACAUCGGACCUGAUUUGGAUAUCCGAUUGCUCCUCUUGAUCCGUCCUGAAGGCGAAUCUACAGGAACAAACUCGGCUGCCGGACCUGCGUCGUUACGGAAAAAGCUCCUUGCCACGCUCGCCUGCCAUCCCAACACUUCUGGUGGCGCUGAGCCGCUUUGCACGACCAAUCUGCUCUUUGCGUUGGCCAAGCAGCCGUUCUCCCUCUUCCUCACCUUCCCACGAAUUUUGUACGAAGCAGGGAAGUUGCAUUUCCGUUAUCGCCUCGAUGCGUUCGGCCGUCCAGAUAUGCAAGAGCCGCUCUCUGCAUCGUCGGCAGCGCCUCGCGCGACGGAGUGGAACGGCGUGGGAUGGCCACCAUCACUCAACCCUGUCGAGCAACACCGCGGCGCUGUGGCAUCCAAUAUCCGCACGGAGACGCUCAAAGGCGGCAUCCUCUGGCCCGAAGCCUCGGGCGCUGAAAAGGCGUGCAAAGCUCGUGUUUUGGCAUUCGUGCAAAAACGCGUUCAACUCGACCCCUCUCUCUCGAUUCGAGUUGUUAGCGCCGACCCGAGCGAGCCUCCAAUAUUAGUAGCGGGCAGCAGCAGCACAGCAGAGAGGGAAGAUCAACUCACCAUCUCCAUUCGCUCAUUUGCGUUCUACACGGAUAUGCUUCUAUGGCCUGAUGCGGAGACAGCGCUGCUUGUCGGCUCGAUCACAGCGCGACGCUGGGGCGUGAACGAUCAAGGAGCCUUCAAGCGCUUUUUUAGGUCGCUCACACCCGGUGGCGCCCUCUCUGCUGCCGCUGCGGGACAAACCAAGGCAAGCGCAUCUCAGCGCGUCAGACAGCGUUUCUGGAAGUGGGCGCUUGGCUGUGCUAACCAUCUCAGUGAACGCCAGCGCGCUGCAUUUGAAGCGCGUGUCCAGCAAAACAAGCAGCAUUGUUGGACGCUGUGGCAGAUUAUGUUAGCUAGUAAAGCAGAGAAAUGGGUGUUUGAGAAGGUCGGCGCGCGGUACGUCCUCGGAACCGAGCCUUGGCUGGAGCUGGGGAGGGCUCUGCUACUGCAGUCGGAGUCGCAAGGGGAAGGGAAGGGUGUGGGGCCAUUGUGCGGGUCUGACAGCGACGUGCCCUUGCAGCCUGCUGCGUCACUCAGCGAACAGGCACCGCACAGUUUUCCAUGUACAGAUGUCUUGUUUGCGUCCACGAAGGCAAUGAGUUAAUCUGACAUGGAUUUCCCUAGCACCCUGCGCGUCUGUUCCUCCCACUUGUGCAACCAAUCGCGCAUCUCUUCCCUGCUCAUGCCAUCGCAAUCGACAUAUUCGCCGCCAUAUAACUUGGUGGCCUGCAUCUCGGCGAGUCGGCAGGCGUACGGCGCAAGCAUGGCGGAUGUACAUGUGAGACGCGAUGGUGCGCGCGCGUAGGUUGGGAUGUAAGCAUUUCGUGUCAAGCGGACGGCACGCGUGCGGACGAUCUGGUUCACCGCCGUCGCUGCCGUCAUUACGUCUACCGUCUGCGCUGGACGCUCAUGAACAUCGCGAUCGCGCCCAUGGUCGGGAUGAAGGUCCGCAGUGGUGGGGCGAAAGAAUGUCGACGAAUAAACAAAUUGACGCUU